AUGGUGGACAGAAAAUUAAAACGGACGGAUGAUGUUGAUUGCUUAAGCUGCCUACGCUGGCUAGCACCGAGGCUGCCUUUGAGGUCUGGAGAUCGUUCACCAUGUCCUGACGCGUCCCCGCAAAGCUGGGGUCUGCCUCCAGAGAUCGACGAAGUGCCUUCAAAAGAGAGGCCUCGAGUUGGCAGCUGGGCAUCUCCGGUGCCAUCGUUUGCAGCACCGUGGCAGACAUGGCAAAUGCCGGAUCCAAGUGCCAAACCUGCCCAAAUCGCACUCCAAUCGCUUGACAUCAAGCUCAAUAUAGAGACCGAGUGGACCGAACACUCGAUCAGCAAGUCCGUCGCCACUGCCCAGCCCCGCAGGCUCCAAGAAAUUGGAUGGCUACCAGCAGCUGGCGCAGGAGCAGGCCGGUAUUCCCCUCAGCCUGGUUUCAUGCUGGAGCAGAUCCUGGCAUCGCCGGGGAACCUGCCACCUCAUGAGGCGCGCAGAGACCGCGUAAUGGGUGAUGUAGAGAGAGCUCUGGCAGAAUUACCCCAGUAUACAUCCACCAACGAGCGGAUCGCCAAAUGCCCGCGGCGUCUUCUUACUGAGCGCGGCAUUGCUGGACAACGACUUCGACGCGGCAUCCUAAAGGGCAGCACCAUCGCUUUCAUCACCACAGGCUACGAAGGCAAACGCUUCAUCUACGAGAAGGCACACGCUCUCGGUGUUCGCUCCAUCCUAGUUGACAGUGCAGACUCAUGGAGCCGACAACUCGUUGACGAAGGCAUUGCAGUGAAAUUUCUGCCCAUCGACAUGUCCCAGUCCUCUGACCAAGUGCUGCAAUUUCUGAUCAGAGCCAUUCGAGACCUGGAGAAGGAUCCGAGCAUAGGAAAAGUAGAUGGUGUGGCCACGUUCGCAGAGCUCUCCGUGCCGCUGACGGCUCGCCUGGCGGAGGCGCUGGGCGUGCCAGGUCCUGCACCCGAGUCCACGGACCAGGCCCGCGACAAGUUCAAAACACGGAUGGCGCUUGCACAUCACGGGCUUCCGACUCCGCCCGUGUGCGAGAUCCUCUCAGAGGCGGACAUCGAACAGGCCAUCCGCACAGUGGGCUUUCCGGCUGUGCUGAAGCCGGUGUCCGGUGCCGCAUCCGUCGGGGUGAAAAAGGUUGAAAAUGAAGCUGAGUUGAGGUCGGCAUACAGUGCACGACAUCAUGAACUGGGUUCGAUGGUCAUCUCGAGUGGGGCUAUCAUAAAGGAUGAUGGACAACAAGGUGCAGCUGUAGGUGCCAGUGCGGUGAUCGGUGCGCGCUUUGUACUGGAAAGUUAUCUUGAUGGCGAGGAGGUGGAUGUGGAUGUGGUUAUGUCAGAUGGCGAAUGGCAGUAUGCCGCAGUGUCUGACAACGGUCCCACGUUAGAACCGUACUUCAACGAGACUUGGGCAGUUUCUCCAUCUCUUCUGCCUCGUGAGAAGCAGCUGGCCCUGCGUGAGCUGGCGGUCAGUAGCGUCAAGGCACUGGGCUUUCAGGAUGGCAUCUUCCAUGUGGAGCUCAAAUACACCAGCCAACAUGGAGCUCAACUCAUUGAGGUAAACGCCCGUAUGGGUGGCGGGCCAGUGUAUUCCACGAACCUGAAGACUUGGGGGGUGGAUCUCGUAGAAGAGACUUUGUUUUGCGUUGCUGGCAUCCCUUCGCGGCCAGCAGCUACCAGGAAGCCGAUGGAAUGCAUCGCAAAUGCGGAUGUGAAUGCACUACGGUCUGGAAGGUUAGCUGACCUCAGCUUCAUGAAACCCCUGCUGGACCGUGAGGGCGUUGUGUCGCACAACUGCCAUGUUAGAGAAGGGGAAGAGGUUGUGGGGCCCCAGGAUGGUUUGCCGACCUGGCUUGUGGAAGUUGUUGUUUCUAAGCCAACGCCGCGUGAGGCACUCGACUUCCUCUUGAAGCUGGAGGCUGAGAUCCAAAAGUUGGUAAGACUGUCGUAG